AUGGCGUCCCUGCGCAAGCUCCACGACUGCAGGCGCAAUGCCGCGGCCACCAUCGCCAGCGCCGCCUUCCUGGCGCUCCUCCUCAUCCUCCUCUUCGUCGCCCUCGCCGCGGCCACCCGGCGCGGCGACCAUGAUGACGCCCACCUCAUCAUCGGCAUGUUCACGUUCUCCGCCGCCCCUCCCACGACCACCGCGGCGGAGUCGCGGAGCUGCGAGGCGGAGCUGCGGGCGCUGCCGGACGCAGCGGCGCGGUGCGGGUACCUCUCGUCGCCGUCGCACCGUCCCUGCGCGCCGCGAGGGUACGUGCACUACCUGCGCGUCUUCUACUGCGGCUUCGGGGGGGCGCCGUGGCUGGGCGCCGCCGCGCUGGGGCUCUGGCUGCUCCUCCUCUUCUACCUCCUCGGGGACACCGCAUCGCGCUACUUCUGCGCCGCGCUUGAGGGCCUCUCCGCCGCGCUCCACCUCCCGCCGGCCAUCGCGGGCGUCACGCUCCUCUCGCUCGGCAACGGCGCGCCCGACGUGCUCUCCAGCGUCGUCGCCUUCGCGUCGGGCGCAUCCGGUGGUGGGGUGGACGGUGCCGACGCGGGGGACGUCGGGCUUAGCAGCGUCCUCGGCGGCGCGCUGUUCGUGUCCACCGUCGUGGCUGGCGUCGUCGCUAUCGUCGCGGGGGGGCGAGGUCCCGUCCAGAUCGAGCGGCCCGGGUUUGUUCGCGACGUCUGCUUCCUCCUCGUCGCGCUCUGCUACCUCCUCGCCGUCCUGCUCACCGGCACCGUCACCGUCUGGGCCGCCGCGUCGUUCCUCUCCCUCUACGCCGCCUACGUCCUCCUCGUCUGGACCUCCCACUGCUGCGCGGCCGCCACGCCCGACUACGCCGACCCAGAGGACGACGGCAAGACGAAGCCCGUCGCCGCGGGUCCCGAUCUCGACGACCUCGCCGCGCCUCUCCUCCUCGACGGCGGCAGCGGCGGCGGCGGCGACGACGACGAGGCGCCUCCGCCAGUACUCCCCAUCUCAUCCAAGCACGCCGAUGCCACCGCGGCGCCACAGAGGAGCAGGAGCCUCGCGCGCCGCGUCCUCGACGCGCUCCAGUGGCCGCUGUACCUGCCGCGUCGCCUCACGAUCCCGGACAUCGCGGCGCACCGGUGGUCGAAGCGCUACGCGGUGGUGUCCGCACUCCUCGCCCCGCUCCUCCUCGCGGCGAUCUCGUCCCCCUCCAGCCCCGCCGUGAUCCUCUCGGGCGCGGUGGUGGGAGCCAUCCUCGCGACCGCCGCCUUCCGCGGUACGUCGUCCUCGUCCCCGCCCUUGGGCCGGUGCCAGCGCCUCCCCUGGCUCGCCGGCGGGUUCCUGAUGUCGGUGCUGUGGUCCUACAUGCUGGCGCGGGAGCUGGUGGCACUGCUGGUCUCGAUCGGCCUCGUCGCCGGCGUGCGGGCGAGCGUGCUGGGCGCGACGGUGCUGGCGUGGGGGAACUCGCUGGGGGACCUGGUGGCCGACGUGGCCAUGGCCAUGCACGGCGGGCCGGGGGGCGCCCAGACGGCGGUGUCGGGCUGCUACGCGGGCCCGGCGUUCAACACGGUGGUGGGCCUGGGCCUGUCGCUGACGCUGGCGGCCGGGGCCCGAUUCCCGCGCCCGUACGCGAUCCCGGCGGACGCGUCGGCGUACCAGGCGGCCGGAUUCCUUGCGGCCGGGCUGGUGUGGGCGCUCGUGGUGCUGCCCGCGCGAGGGAUGCGGCUGGACAGGGUGCUUGGGGUGGGCCUCCUCCUCAUCUACCUCGGCUUCCUCGGAGUUAGGCUAGGCUCGAUGUCUCUCGGAGCAGCAAUCAGCUCAUGA